CCGCGUCGGCGAUGCCACCACCACCGCCACCAAAUCCAACACUGGUGCAAGGAGGAGCGAUGGCGCAAGGAGGAGCGCCACCACAGGCAGCUGUACAAGCCCCCAGUCAGCAAAUGGUGACGAUGACCCGGGAGAAGAUGCAGAGGAUUGCGGCGGCUGCGGCGGCGCAUGCGGUGCAGCAAGUUACGAGCCACACAUCUCAUGCCACCACUGCGUCGACCACGGUGGCCGGAAACCAAGAUGAGGAUGUGUCCAGUUACGGAGAGGGAGGAGUUGGAAGAGAUCGGGUAAUGGAGAGGAUGGCGGAGCAGUUGCGCCAGUUGCAGGACAAGGUGGAGGGGUGGCCAGAAAGGAGAGCUCGAGGACAUCCCUUUUCGAGGGAGAUUCUCGCUGCUCCUUUGCCGAAUAAUUUCAAGGAGGCCAACUUGGUGUAUGACGGGUCUUCUGACCCGUUGAGGCAUGUGAGGACCUUUGAGAAUAUGGCUGUGUUACAUGGAUAUUCUGAUUCUGCUAUGGAGCAGAAGAUGUCGACCGAGGAUGUGACGUGGCCGAAGACAAGGUUCACAGGCCCGACUCGACCCAGAUCGGAUACAUAUUGUCGAUUUCACCGAGAUUACGGCUAUACCACAGAGAACUGCAGACAUUUGAAGGAUGAGAUUGAAAGGUUGAUUCGAGCAGGACAUUUGAAAGAGUUUGUGUACCAUGAUAGGGCGAGAGGGAAAGGAAGGAGAAGGUGCCGAGAUGAUUCUGAGGAAAGGAGUGAUAGGGAUGAAGAAGGAGACGACGGAGAGAGCCGAGGUGGUCGAGGAAAAAAGCCGAGAAGAGAUGGAGAUAAAGGGGGCCAGGGAGGAGAGGCCCCGACGAAAAGAGGAACGAUUUACAUGAUUUCCGGAGGGCCAACGGAUGGUGACUCGAAUAGGGCCAGGAAGGAGCAUGCUCGAGCUGCAAAGAGAAAAAAAGAGGAAGUGGGGAUUACGGCUCGUAUGCCGGUGAUAAGUUUCAAGGCGGAGGAUGUCGAGGGAGUGGUCCUACCGCACAACGAUGCUUUGGUGAUAACCGCGGAGGUUGCAGGCUUUGACGUGAAGAGGGUGUUUAUUGAUACCGGGAGUUCGGUAGACGUGAUGUUCUACGAUU